GGAUUCAAGUGGAAGUCUUCAAUAGAUGUUGAACCAGUCGUGCGUAAAAAGCGGAAAUGGCACGGGAUUUAAAUUCUUCCUCCUGACAUCGGAAGUGAUUUCAGACAGUUUGCAAAUCGGCACAUGCGUUUGAAGCAAGAAUGAAUGGAAGAUGUUCACUACCGAGACUCAGAAGAAAGUCCUUCUGUUGUUCACUCCUGUCACUGCUGGCACUAUGUCUACUGCUGCUGGUCAGUGUGGAGUACAGCAACAUCACUGAGCCUCUACCCCCCCAAGCAGCUUUAGAUGGCAUCCAGGCAUAUCACAAGUACAAUAUUAGCUGUCCGCUCAUUUAUGACAUGGACCCAGUGGAGGUGGGUAAAUCACUUGUCAUCAGACGGCAAGUUGUGGAGGACAACGAUGAAAGCCUGAUUAAUCUCACCUCAAACUGCCCAUCAUUCAUCAAAGCCAGAGGUUAUGAUGUUGUUCGAGUCUCGCAGCAGGAGAGAGACUUUCCUCUUGCUUACUCAAUUGUUGUGCAUAAAUCUGCAUUAAUGAUAGAGAGACUAAUCAAAGUGGUGUACUCGCCCAAUAACAUCUACUGUAUCCACUAUGAUCAGAAGUCCUCAGAACAGUUCAUCUCAGCUGUGGAGGGUUUAGACCGCUGUCUGCCUAAUGUCUUUAUAGCCUCUAAGCGAGAAUCCGUCUUUUACGCCGGCAUCAGUCGAUUGAAAGCGGAUCUCAACUGUCUCUCUGACCUUUUGAAGUCGGAAGUCCAGUGGAAGUAUGUCAUCAACCUCUGUGGCCAAGAUUUCCCCCUCAGGUCCAACUUUGAGAUAGUGUCAGAGCUGAAGAAGUUAAAUGGGGCCAAUAUGCUAGAGACAAGCCGUCCCAGUGAGAGCAAGAAGCAAAGGUUCACCUUUAGCUACAAACUGAUGGAUUUCAAAAUUGAGUCAAAAAAACUUCCAAUGAAAACAGAGCAGAAGAAGACGCCACCUCCACACGGCAUCGAGAUGUUCAUCGGCAGUGCUUACUUUGUCUUCUCACGGGAGUUUAUUGUGCACAUAGACUCCUCAGAUGUGGUGAAGGAUUUCCUGGCCUGGUCAGAGGACACCUACUCUCCAGACGAACACUUCUGGGCAACCCUUGUGCGCCUGCCAGGUGUUCCUGGAGAGGUGCCCAGAUCCCAGCCCGACAUCACUGACCUCAAGAGUAAGGCCAGGCUGGUGAAGUGGCAGUACCUGGAGGAAGAACUGUACCCACAAUGCUCGGGGAAACACGUCCGCAGCGUUUGCAUUUUUGGUGCAGGCGAGUUGCGUUGGUUACUCAACUAUGGUCACUGGUUCGCCAAUAAGUUUGACCCAAAGGUGGACCCAAUUCUUAUUCAGUGCCUUGAGGAGAUGCUGGAGGAAAACAGUUAUUUAAAUCAGCAACAUCUCCUUCCCAACAUAAGGGUUAACCAAAGCUACAGUAUAUGAAAAAAAAGAUGCUUUAAAGGGGACCUAUCAUGCAAAAUGCACUUUUGUACGUCUUUUAUACAUGAAUAUGUGUCCCCGGUCAAGCCCGCCUUAACCUGCCAGGCCUGGGGCUGAUGGCUGGUUUUGUAGGCCCCCUAUUUAAACAACAAAUCAAAGUCAUUUAUAGCCUCAGCAGGCUCUGUGAUCGCACUUCUCCACUCUGCUCUACGCGCGCCUGGUCCUCUCCUCCAGAUGAGUGACGUAUCGGGCCUCCCGCAUGUAUUUGUCCGGUUGACGUUGGUUCCCCUUCACGUAGCAAGUCCUCGUCGUCAUCUCCAUCUCCUCCAACAGAUAAUGUCCCUCCUGUCUGUUUUUCCUCUCCCGCUACUUCAUCGCUAUCAGAACCAGACGGCUUACUUGGCUCCGAGAACCCGCGGCCGGCAACGCUGCCGCUCGGUACAUAAUUCAUCUGUCAUUCCCCCUCAUUCUGGCCUACAGGAAUUUAAAAUAACCUGUAAGCUUCGGAAUUUUUUGUAAUAGCUGCUUGUCUCGAAACUCCUUUUCCCUCAACAAU